CAGCAUGAAUAUGUACGCCGUGCCCAAUCCUGCUAUACCGGGCUGUCCACCAGGGUUAGAAUACCUCACCCAGGUGGAUCAGCUCCUCAUCAAACAGAAAGUUGAGCUUGUUGAAGCCCUCGUCGGCUUCGAGAGCAACAACAAGUACGAGGUGCGCAACACCGUGGGUCAGAAUGUCUUCUACGCCGUCGAGGAGAACGACUGUCUGAGCCGCCAGUGCUGCGGACCCCUGCGCUCCUUCAACAUCCGCGUCCUCGACAACUUCGGCCAGGAGGUCAUCACCGUCACCAGGCCCCUGAAGUGCAUGUCCUGCUUCUUCCCUUGCUGUCUGCAAGAGCUGGAGGUGCAGGCCCCCCCGGGUAACACAGUGGGCUACGUCCUACAACAGUGGCACCCCUUCUCCCCCAAAUUCAUCGUCGAGAACGAACACAGGGAGCCUGUGCUGAAGAUCCACGGGCCCUUCUGCGGAUGGAGCUGCCUACCAGAUGUUGACUUUGAGAUUCUGACCAUGGAUGAAGUCAGUAAGAUCGGGAAAAUAAGUAAACAGUGGACCGGACUUCUUCGGGAAGCAUUCACAGAUUCGGACAACUUUGGUAUUCAGUUCCCCAUGGAUCUGGAUGUGAGGAUGAAGGCCGUAAUGAUCGGGGCUUGUUUUCUCAUUGAUUUCAUGUUCUUUGAGAGUACAAACAACUAG